GGCUCCGCGCCGCUCCCCGGGUGCCCCGGGCUGGCGCUGGGGGGCGCGGUUGCACGGCCCAGAGGCCGGAACGCGGAGUCGGGACUCCAGCCGGACCCCACCAGAGGGGCGAGGGAGAGAGUCACACAAGUGGAGUGGCUACAGCCAAAGGCACGCCGGAUGUCAGGUGUCCCGCCAGUAACCCCAGGCCACUCGCACUCCGGUCGGUACCGAGGCCCAGCCAGCCUGCUUAGGGAGGAUGCUCCAGAUGACUGCUCUGGCUCGGAGGAAUCCGGGAGAGAGGGCGCCUAGGGUGCACAGCAAGCCAUUGACUCUGUGGCCCCACCUAGGCCCUCUAGGGCAAAGAAAGGGGUCCCCCGGCGAAGAGAGAGGAGCACAGGUGAGGGUGGGCCCGUGGAGAGAGCCACCACCUCUUUCCCUGCGCGGCACUGCAUCUUUGAACCUUGGAUUCCUUAUCUGCGGAAUGGUGAUGGAUUCCCUUGGUGAUGGAGAUAUGUGGAUGCGGGGCCUUCGGGGGUGCACAAAACAGAGCCCCGCCUGCGGGAGCGCGGCGGUGCCUGCUGGGGACCGAGGACCGGAGAGCCUGGCCCGCGCGGGCCAGCAGGGGGCGCCGCGAGCCCACCGGCCGAGCCGCACAGCGGGGGGCGGGGCCGCCGAGCCACAGACGGGAGGGGGACAAAGGGGAGGGGCUGGAGCCCCGCUGCCAGGGGCUCGCUGGCCCGGACAGGGUCUUCAUCUCGGGAGAUUUCUAGGUUUGUUUUCCCGCGCAGUCAAAACGCUAGCAGCUUUACAGGUCCGCGUUAGCUGGCGUGGCUCUUUCCCUCCCUGCUCAGUCCAGCGGCCGCCGAGCAGUUCCUGGGCUCCAAAGUGUUUGCUCCAGGGUUUUCAAACCUCCGCGGGGAGGCCGCCGCCUCCGGGAAGACUUACCGGACUCCCCCAGGGCUCAGGGUGGCUUCUGGUUCCGAGAGUGUGCGGCCCACUUCCUGCUUUGGGCUGUCUCGGAGGGUGGGGGCUUACCUCCUUACCGGGACUCGAGCCCAGUAUCGCUGCCCCCGAACACCCCUCCCUCCCGCGGGUAGUCAGAAGUUGGGGGGACACCGCUUCUCCCCUCAGGGCGCAGUCAAGGGUCCGCAGGAAGGGGUCAUGCUGCAUCCCCAACCCUUUAGCCUGUGUCCCAUUCGGGGUGUGUGUGUGUGUGUGUGUGUCGGGGCCGGGCCGGAGCCGGGGCGGGGGUGUUUCUGCAUUUGUGUGGGAGUUUGUGCAGCCUGUCGGCGGGGUGUUUGUGCCUGUGCAGCUGUACAUGUAUUUGUGA